UGCGGCGAUAUAUGCACAGUACGUACCGGUAUAUACCGCGUACCGUACCACAGCACAGAAACCCGUCACGUCUCCACGUCGUCGAUGUGCUCGUGAACACGUAGAUAUUUCGUUUUCUUUUCCAAAAGGUGUUUUAACAAACCGAUUCAGAGUCGCGUCAAGGAGCUUGAUGAACAUUGUCCUUAAUCCUCCAACUAACAUUGGGAAGAGAAUGGGCGAAGAAGUGGGAAAAAUAUUUGUUGGUGGCGUGAACCGGGAAACUACUAUAGAUGCUUUCCGGGCUUAUUUUGAGUCAUUUGGUAAGAUCAACGAUAUCGUUUUGAUGAUGGAUAAGGACAACAACGAUGGCUCGAAUAAGGGCUAUGGCUUUGUGAAAUAUGAUGAUCCACGCUGUGCAGAUGAUGUCAUUUCAAAAAAAGGCCUGCAUAAACUUGAUGGCAAAGAGCUGGACACAAAACCUUGCAAUGCCCGAGGAUCUAGACCAAGAGGUGGCGUACCUGACGAUAACAAAACCAAGAAGGUCUUUGUUGGGGGUAUCUCACAGCAGGCAGGCAAGGAGGAUCUUUAUGAUAUCUUCAAAUCCUUUGGAGUGGUAGAAGAUGUGCACAUCAUGACAGACAAUGCCACAGGAAAGCACAGAGGCUUCGGCUUUGUGACGUUGGAUAGUGAAGAAGCCGUAGAGAAAUUGGUCCAAAUACGCCACCUGGAGCUGAAGGGAAAAUCGAUGGAGAUUAAAAAGGCCCAGCCGAAGAUGAGCAGAGGGUUCGGAGGGCCAGGUGGACCAGGAGGACCUAUGGGCGGAGGAGGAGGUUUCCCACAAGGAGGCGGUAGCUGGAACCAAGGGGGACAGCAAGGCUAUAGUGGGUUUGGAGGGGGCAGCCAGUGGAACAUGGGUCAACCCAUGGGCCAAUUUGGGCAGCAGCAAGGAGGAUUUCAGCAGAGAGCUGGCCAAGGCCAGAGUUACGGCGGCCAGCAACAAGGGUACAACAACGGCUACCGGCAACAAGGUCAGGGGGGGCAACAAUAUGGUCAACAAGGAGGAGGUUAUGGGGGGCAGCAACAGCCACAGCAGCAACCUAGCUAUGGAGGAAAGCCCAGUGCAGGAGGUGAUAAUUAUGGAACCAAAAAUCCUCGCCAUGGUGGACAGAGCUAUAGUAAUUAUGGAGGAGGUGGAUAUGGACAAUCUCAACAGGACCCUUAUGGACAACAACAACAACAGCAACAGCAAUAUGGAAACCAAGGUUCAAUGGGUAACUAUGCCCAAGAAGCAUCGGGGUACGGUCCUCAGCGAGUGAACUACAACCAACAACAACAACAAGGCUACAAUCAAGAAUCCCUAAACUACCCGGCCUUUUAACAUUGACAAUUCGGUAACGACAUGCCAGGGCAGAAUUUUGGGCCACCUCAGCAACAGCAGCAGCAACCACCACCACAGCAACAGCAACCACCACAAGGGUACGGGCAACAGGUUGAAGGGGGCCCCGACAUGUACGGCAACAACAACUACGGAAGAGGCAACCUGGGAGGAGGGAACCAGUUCCAUCCGUACAGGCGAUUCCAAGGCAAUCAGGUUCAGUAACGCUGGCAGUGGAAACGUUCCUUUGCUCUGUCAUAGGAAUGGGUGUGUUGCCCCCAAGGGAAUGUUCCCAUUGCUAUAAAACGGUACGUUACCUUCACGUGGGUGUCAUUUCUUGUCUCGAGCCGUUUCACAUGUGUAUUGACUUAAAGGGGCUGUGCUCUCUGUGUAUUUAUUUUCAUGCAAUUGUUGAUGCUGGCUGCUAUGCGUGGUAUGACUAUGUGUUCUUAUAUAGGCAGCUGCUGUUUGUACUAUAGGUGUAACCAAUCUCUUCAAACUUUCACUGAAGGAAAUGUAUAAUUGAAAUACAAGAAUUAAAGAAACAGUCUUACAGAAAUACCAGAAAAAAAUUAUUAACAUGUUAGGAUUAUUCCUCUUGUUGAAAAGUGGAUGAAUUCACGAUCAAUGUAUAUAUCGGCACUUUGUUUUAUAUCUACAUUUUGCCAAGAUGCUGGUUCUAUUUUGUGAACUUUAUAAUAUAGACUAUUAUGCAAAUGUGUUAAUUGUUGGUAGAAAAAGGAAAAUGAUAUUGUUCCUCCACUGAUUGCCUUUUUGUACAGGUUUUAGCAAAGAAAGUGGUCUUUUUGUGAACAUUCAUGCCAAUCAAAAAAUUGUCCACUGUUAGUUAUGAAAGUAACAUUACAUGGGAUGCUAUUAAUUUGUCAAAAUAAAUUCAUAAAUAGUCACUCUCAGAUCUUUGUGAAACACCCUCCAUAUUUAGCACAUCUUUUUGCAAUGCUAUUAUAUAAAUGAAAAUGAAUAUUAUUAUUUAAUACUUCGAGCAUUGCUGUAAUAGAGCAUUUAAAUGCUGUUGGUGGAUGUUUGUGAUUUUUUACCUGCUUGCUAAGAAAGCAUUAAUGCUUAUGAACAAGUAACCAUAGGACCGAAUGCUUAAGGUCCUCUCCGAGGGACCUAGUAAUGAGGAUAAAUGCCUUACCAAAGGGCACUAGCGCUCCAAGUGGGAAUCAAACCCGGGUCACUGGAAUCCAGAAACCCCCACUCUUCCAUCUGAGCUAUCAUGCCUCUUGUUCUUUAUACCAUAGAAACAUAUGACAAAUAAGAUACUUCAAGUUCCUUCCCCAAAUUUUAGCUUAUAGAUAUACAAAUUAUUAUUUUCAGAAUGUUGUCCACUUCAGUCCUCAAGCAGUCUCUGACAUGGCUAGAGGCUACUUUAUUUUUGUUUGUCACUGAAUGGGUAAUGUGUGUUGUUUUCUUGUCACAAAUAAUUAAUGCCCGAGGCAUGCCUUUUUACAUGUUAUAUUUUUCAUUGUUUGUAUGUGUGGCUCUUGAUUAAGAAAUAUCAUUAUGUUGAUCAGACAAGCAUGCAGCUGUUAAUUGGAAGGUGUAUUUCAUGAAGCAAAUAGUGAUUUUUACGAACUAAUUUGUUCUGAGCCAAUCUGGAGCAAGCAUUUCAGUAGCUUAUAAUAGUUGUCAGUGACAAUUGUCUUUUUUCUAUGAAUUUGGGGCACAAGUUGUACAUUUUUGUUUGUAUGCUUUACAUUUGUAUUAAGACCAUAUAUUUUACUUUGUGCCAUUAGACUCAAUUUCUUUGAAGAUAUUGAGCAAAACAGUGGAUAAUGCUGUUACAUAGACACAGUGUCCAUGAACCAUCAGGGUUUUUUAAUACAUUAAUGGUCCUAAAAGUGAAUGAUGGCAAUUAUAAGUUGACCAAAACUUGAAACAGAAUGCCUGUUAAGGUCAGGGAGCAAAAUACUGCAGAUUUCCUAUAGAUGCAUAGUUCUAUUUUUUACAAGAAAAUUUUCUAAAAAAUUGUCACGAAUCACUAUGCGACACAGUGUCCACCGAAUGUCACAUUUGGUGGACACUGAGUAGCACAGUGACAAUUUUUUGGAAAAACCCAAAACUUUUGUUUCAUGAAAUAAUCUCCAGGACAAUACAUUAUAUGGAGCCCUAUUUGAUUAGCUUUUAUUCCUUAAAUUCAAAUUGGCAACGUUUGGAUUUUUAUAUCACUGAUACAUUUUUUGUGAUAAAGUACAUGUAUAGUAUUGGAAAUAAAAAGAGAUUGAUAGUGGAUAUUUUGAUACAAGUUUAGUAUUUGCAAGUUGUCAUGUGAAGAACGGCAAUAUCAAUGUAUCCGUGGCAUUGCCAAUUUGAAUAUUUAAGAGAUCCCUUCAUUCUUUUUUAUUCAAUGUUGUAUACUUAUGCAUCUAAACUAGGCACUGUUGGGGUUUAAUUUAUUCUCUUGUGAAGUGUGUGCAUGUAUGUGUUAAAUUGUAAGGUUCUGAAUCAAAAGUUAUUGAGCCAAUAUGGUUGGAAAUUCAGAAGGAAUAUUAAAUCUAUUCAUGUACAUGUAUGUACUUUAAAUCAUCCUGUGUAUUGAAGUUUAAUUAAAGUAAUUGCCGCCAGCAGACAAUUAAUUCAUUAUUAAGGUUUUUAAAUCAAGGCUGAUUCUUCCCAUAUCAUGAAUAUAUAAAUCUGAUACAUUUCAUUUUGUGAAAAUAUCAGAUUUGAGCUGAAAACAGUCAUGCUGAAGAUCUCUAACAAAGAUAAGUACAUGUGGGAUAGUCAAAGUGUACUAUUAUUGGUUGGAAAAUAUCACCAUCCAGGAUGGAAUGCCAUGCUUAUUUUUUUUUUCUCAGCAAUUCCAACAUUUUAUACCAAAUAGUUUGGCACAAAUUCUUUAUCUUCGUUUAUACAUACAUGUACAAAUACUUGGAUGGUCAUUUAAUUGGAUUCUGUUCGAACUUAUGACAGCUGGCAAUUAUGGGGGGGGGGUUUCUUCAAAUUUUUUCAUCAUGGAUGACAAGUUUUCUUUUACUCUAAUAUAUUCUUAGAGGAGGUUUUAUCCUUGUAAAAACUUAUUUAAACACAAACUUGGAUAUCGAGCUGACUUUAAUUUUUUUCCCUAGCUGUAAGACGUUCAUGCACAUAAGAUUCAUCAAAUGAGAUCUUCAUGAUAUUUGUACCAUUUUGUUGCAUAUUUUCUAUCGAGUUUAGAUUAUGAAGUGAAUGUUUUGGUAUGGUAGUUUGAUCACCUUGGUGUCACAUCACACUAAAAAAAUGUCAUGUUUUUUAAACUUGCCAACAUUUUUAUCACAAGUAGUUUCAUAUGAUUUGUAUAUUCACUUUGGCAUUCAUUGCUGUCAUCAAUUGUCCUGUAGAAUUAUUUGAUUAUGAUAUAAUGUCAGAGAAUCAUAUUGACGUGGUUCCCUUUUCUUUUUAUAGUACUAAAACUUACACUGUAAAAUCUAUACAUAUUAAAUAUCAUGUAUAUAAUGUGCAGAGUUGUAUAUGCAUGUAUAUUUUGCCGACUAACGAAUUUCUAUCGUUAUGAGAAUAACUAUUUGAUUAUUGAUCAGAAGAGAAAUUUUAGCUUGGUUACAAGAUGCUGUUAUAAGCUUCUGAUAUGGUGUAAUUUGAUUUGAUAAGAACAAUUUUGUCAGCAUUGUUAUGCAUAACAAUAUUUGUGAAAUAAGGCCCUAGUUCUUUGUAUGCAGGUAAAUCUGCCCAAAUUUUAUCUGAAAAUUCCUUUGUCUUUAUUAUUUGACUUUGAAAAUUGAUCAUUGCAGACUUCUGAAAUUCUUUCUUUAGUAGUCUGAUGUUAUAUUUUUCUUUAAUGAUUCAUAUGUCAAGGGAGUUGCUUGAUAUUGUGCAAAGGAGCAUGGAAAUAAGAUUUUGUUCCUAUGUUCCUCUUUAUUAUGUAAUUAUAUUCUGUUGAAAAUUAAGUAAACACAAAUUUAGAUUAAAAGAAAAAAAUCUACCCUCAUUGCACAGUUGAUUUGUUUUUGCUUUUAUAUAAUUAUAUUCUGUUGGAAAUUAAGUAAACACAAAUUUAAAUUAAAAGAAAAAAAAUCAACCCUCAUUGCCCAGUUGAGUGUGCAAAUGAAUCUUCCAUAAAUUAAGUCAAAAUAAUUUUUCUUGGGCUUAUCGCAGAAAGAUUUGCAAGCAAAUGUAAUGAUUAAAAUCAAAUACAACUUACAUUUCAACCAAUCAGAAAUUUACAUUUGGGACUUGUUUUGAUGAGCUGUGUAAACACCACUCUUUCAUUCUACAAUGGGGCAAUUCCAUAAGAUAAUCAACCUUUUUGUACAUCCGACCCCCAUUUUUCUGAAGACUUACUUCACUUCAUAAACUGACCAAGUCAUGGUCCUUUGAGAACAUUACAGACUGUCAAAAGAACAAGAAAUCAGAGACAGAAAAUUUCAUGAAGGUCCCACAUAUAGGGGGUCAGACGUACAUAUUUUAUGGCAUUGCCCAAUGGGCUUUGGAUCAUGUGAAACAUUUUAUUCCAUUUUAAGUCGUGGUAGUCCCAGGAGAUGCGACUUGGCCAAGGUUACCUGAGAGCCUUUUGCAUAAAAUUUGUUAUUGUGAUAGCUUUGCCAUCAUUCAAUGGUUACCUCUACGGAAACUUUUAUUUUGAUUUGUUGGUGAAUAUUUUACCAUGGUAGUUACUAUUAGAUAAGUCAUCAUAAUUAUAUCUUUUAUGCAACAGGGCCUUGAAUGUUAUCUAGAGUUGACUCCCCAUGUUAUGAUCCAAAUGGAGCUCUAGAAUAGCUUAGAUUUGAGAUUAGUUGUCUGCUUGUUUUGAGGAAGUUAUAAAGAAGGGCUUUAAAGUCAUAUUACCUCAGUUUUGUGCAAAUUAUUAGAAAUGCCGGUAACAGAGACGUCCCGGGAGGGGGGGGGGGCAAAUUUGGUGUAACAUUGAGAAAGUCCUCAGCCAUGCCUGUCAGGCCAGGAAACAUGAGACAGUGACUUAAAAUACCAUUACACAACCUCUGCUGGUCAUAAAUCUUCUAUUAUCAGUGAUUUUUAUUCAAAUGGUGUCAAAAUCCCUAUAAUCUGCAGUGAAACUAAACAUUGUUUAAUGGGUCGGCAUUUCAACAUAUUUGUUGAAAAAAGAAUUACAGAUUAAAAAAGAUAACAGAUGUCGAUUUGGGUUUGUUUAAAAGUUUUUGAAAUAUAUAGAUGGUUGUUGUCAUCGUGCUUUAUAAAACAACUGUUGGUUAGGUCAUAUUUGUUUAUCUGUUUGCCCAAAAAAGUAAGAUUCGAUUUCACUUUUUUUGUUCAUGUGAUAUAUUUUAAAAAGAGAAUAUUGAUUAAAGAUUCCACCUGUUUUUAAACCUA